AUGCGGACACAGCAGGUGGACUGCAGCAUUUAUAAGAAGUACCCAGUGGUGGCCAUCCCCUGCCCCAUCACAUACCUGCCCGUUUGUGGUUCUGACUACAUCACCUAUGGGAAUGAAUGCCACCUAUGCAUUGAGAACUUGAAAAGUAAUGGAAAAGUUCAGCUUCUUCAUGAAGGAAGAUGUUAA